AUGCCUCGUUCUAGUAGUAUUGAGAGCAACCACUCAGCGAGUCUAGAGCUCCCAGAGCUGGCUGCCGCCGCAACAGACUUGCAGUCACUUCUUGGUGAUGAUGUCGAGGAGCAGAGGCGCAGCCGGUCUUACAUAAUCUGUCUUGUUCUGGGCAUGGCUGGAUGGAGCGACGCUUGUGGCAGGCGUAAACCAUUCAUAGUCGCCGGCAGCCUCGCCAUUGUCGUCGCACUUCUAGGGUAUGCCUGGAGCCCCGACCUUGUAGCCCUGUUGCCAGGUGCGAGGGGCGGCAAGUCGUCAUCGGCGGUUCUGUCGCAGGUUUCUGUCUCAUUCUUUUUCCUACUGUUGAAUAUUGCCAUCCAGCCGGUACAGUCGGGCCUCCGCGCGCUCGUGGUCGAUAAGUGUACUGCAAGCCAGCAGGCCCAGGCGACUGCCUGGGCCAGCCGGAUCAGCUUCGUCGCGAGCAUGGCGUCAUACUUCGCCGCUGCAAGCGACUUGGCGGGGGAGUUCCCCGUCAGAACAAACCAGCUCCAGUCCUUGGUGAACUUGAGCAUCAUUGUUAUCGUGAGCUCUACGGGCGUCACUUGCUGCGUCGUGUCAGAAGGAAGGGAGAAGCGACCUGCCCCGCCCGAGGUGAGGGAAGGUCUACUGGACACGUGGAAGAUGUUGUCUCCGCAUCUGCGCCGCAUAUAUGUUGCGCAGUUUUUCUCAUGGUUCGCGUGGUUCCCCGUUCUCGUGCAGACUACAGGGUAG